AAACAUGGAGUGAUAGACAACCAGAUAGAAACAGAGCGAACCUCCUGAGAACUGCAAAUAGAAACCUGUUGGCAGCCACCCUGACUUGAGUCCUUUUGAAUGAAAGAAAACUACAGUAGGAGCCGCCUUAAUGGGCGGAUGCGAUUGGCGAGUUGAGAGUCAUGAGGUUAACAAUAUUCGCAGCUUCCGUGACAUAGGGAGAAGUCAGUCUGUUAGCGAGUGAGGGAGUGGCUGCUGUUUGACUGAGUGUUGGGAUCACCGUCAGCAUCGGGGAGGCUCGAGUCCAGUGUUGUACACUGACCUCAUUCCGUCAACAUGAGUGACAAGGGUAAGCCAGCGCAAAGAUGUGCAGGAAAGAGACUGGAUGAGCAGAUUAUAUUAAUAACUGGUGCUAACACUGGAAUUGGCAAAGAGACUGCAAGAGACCUGGCUAGAAGAGGAGCUGUGAUUAUCAUGGCAUGCAGAGACACUGAGAAAGGUGAGGCUGCAGCUAAAGAAAUAACAGAGGAGACGGGAAAUGGUUAUGUAGUGGUGAAGAAGUUGGAUUUAGCUGACACCAAAUCUAUUCGGGAGUUCGCUAAACAAAUUAAUGAAGAAUACCAGCACCUUAACAUUCUGAUCAAUAAUGCUGGAGUAAUGAUGUGCCCUUAUUCUAAAACAGUGGAUGGGUUUGAACUACAGCUUGGGGUCAAUCAUUUAGGUCAUUUUUUAUUAACAUUUUUACUGAUUGAUUUAGUAAAACAGUCCACUCCUUCUCGUAUCAUCAAUGUCUCCUCAGCUGCACACACAAUGGGAAGCAUUAAUUUUGAUGACUUAAACAGCGAGAAGAGCUAUAAUUCAGUGAAGGCUUAUGCACAGAGCAAACUAGCCAAUAUUAUGUUUACAAGGGAACUGGCGCGAAAACUUGAAGGGACAGGUGUUUCGGUAUUUAGUUUACAUCCUGGAGUGGUGCAGACAGAACUAGCCCGACACUUGAAUCCUGUGGUUCGACUUGGCCUGACAAUGCUACGACCUUUCACCAAGUCUCCAUCGCACGGUGCAGAGACGACCAUUUUUUGUGCUGUGGCCGAAGGACUGGAAGAGGAAACUGGGCAGUACUUCAAGAUCAAAUUGGUGUACUCCCUUACUGCACUCUGGGGAUGGGCUGUAGCAGUUCAAAAAGAUGGCUCACCGUCAGAUGCCCAAGCUAUUUGUUGAGAAACAAAUACUGCCUUUAUCAGUGACACUCACACUGCAAGGAAGAGCAUGAAAAAGCACAGAAAGCUACUGAUAGAAAAAAAUGAGACACAGACUGUGAUCUGGUAUUUUUAAACUCAUUGAGUUCAAAAGGCUGUAAAGUGCCUUAUUGAAAAAGAAAUUGCUGUCCUUGGAGUUUACACUGCACUUCAGUAUUUUGGUGUUUUUUUUAGUUUUAUUUGCAAUUUAUAUCAGCUUUGAUAUCAGUAAACAGUGCAGUUAUCUUUCCUUUAAAAAAUAGAAAGCUAACCAGGAAACCAAAGAGGCAUUAAAUAUGUGCAUCAUAGGAGUAACUAAAUAUAAAUAAUUUCCUAUUAAGUUCUCAAAGGAUCUGUGAUAAACCUUCAAAGAUAUAGACAGUGCUGAAAUGAAAGAUAAAUUGAAGAGUGUGUGGAUAUGCUUAAUUCUAAUGUGCAAGUAUUUACUACAGAAAUGCAGUAACACAGCACUUGCUAUGAUUUGACAGACAAGCUCAACAUCACUGGGAAAAUUAUCCUUUAUAGUUUCAAAAUAAAUCAAAAGCACAGUCAAUAACUGAAAUGUCUACAGUCUCUCCAUGGUAGUAAUGAGGAACUUGAUGAAUAUUUGGACAGUAUAUUUCAAUCACAGAUUUCAACAAAUAAAUCUGCUGCUGACUUUUAAACAAGGGUAGCAAAUUGAUGGCCGGUAAGCUUUUGUUAAAACUUCAUGCUGACUGCUACAUGAGCUUAAGACAAUUGAUGUCCAUGGUAAAAUCUGGCAGUAGAUAUAGAAAUGGCUAUGAUAGAGAGGUAGUGUUGCUGUACUCAUAUGAUCAAGGUUAGGUGUGAGAAUGGAAUUUUUACUGAUUCAUUGAUCAGAACCACCCAACGAAUCCGUGCUGGAGUACAUUACCCCUCAUCACUGAGAGACAAGUAAAACAUGUAAACCUUGGAGGAAAUACAAAGAUGGGCUGAUAAUAAAGUAAGAUGUUCUGACACUCUAAAGGCCUCAGGACCUUGAAAAAAACUUUGUGAUGAUGUCACAGAGCUGCAUGAAUUUAGCAUAAUUAGCAUAACGUGACAGCUUUAAAACAGGCAUGACUACGUUAUACUACACUAGACAACAUGACACUCAUCUAAAUCUUCAUAGAGUCUUAAAGUUACAUGGACAAAUAAACACAAAGAAGGUAGGUGAGUCCUUGCCUAACACAGCCUGGUAUAUCUAUAAUCAUCAAUUAUAACCAUGUUCAGUAUUAAUGUACAAUAAAUAACAUUACUUUGAAGUCUAAUCCUGAAGACAGUUUUUCCCAUUGUCUUUUCCUUGACCAAUCUAUCUUAGCACCAAACUGAGAGGGGCAUCAAACAACAUGACAAAACAUGUUUCUUGGAUAAACCAGAAAAAUUCAGGCUCUGAACUAGUAUCUCCUUGCACUAUAUAAGAUCUUCUUGCGCUAUAGUAGAUUACUUGAAGUAUAUGUGAAGUACAGUUUCAAGUUCAAGUGUAAUAACCACAUUAUUUGACACAGGAAUUAAUAUUUUAGCUCUUCAAGCUUGUUCCAUUAUCAAUUGGCUGAUCUAUGUCUUAAACAGUUUCAAUUUGCCAAGCCAUGACAGCUUUUUGGAGAAGCAGUGUUUCGGAUUUACAGUAGUCUUUGUAAGAAAAAGUACUUCCUGACAUCAGUACUCAAUGGCCCAUUUUAAAUUUACAGCUGAGCCACUUUGUUCUGGGCUUUCCAACCAGUGUAAAUAAUUUUUCUCUAUUUACCGCUUCAGAUCUUUUAGUCAUUUAGGCAUCUCAGCUGGAUCAUCUCUUUGUCUUCUAAAGUCAUAUGAAUUCAAGCCUAGGCAGUGCAAGCUGUCAUAAUGAUUUCACACUUUUAGCAUGUGUAUGCUUCCUAUGAAUUUAUGCUCCCUACACACACUCAAUAUUUGACAUGCCCUUCUAGGCUAGAGGAGAGAAGAUGAGAAUUCUGCAGAGUUCAAAAAAUAUUUGGACAUUGUGAUGUGGGCAGCCAUACAUUACACUAGACAGUGAAUUAAAUGGAAUGAAUGUCUUCCCACAUCUGCAAUCCAGGAAAAUACAAAUACAAUUAUUUCAAAAUCUGGCUUGAUCUUCUGUAGACGGAUAUUGCUGUAAAAAAUAAAGCAUUAACAAUGCACAUUUUUAUUACUGUGCAAAUUAGUUGGAGAGUUAAGGCAGUAAAAGUAACAGGCCUGUCUUUAAUGUUGAUGACCAUGGUUUUACUCAAGGUUGGAGAGCCAGCAGUGAAAAUUCUACGGUCCGCCUCCCCCUCUCUCCCUAUUUAUUCCAGAACCCUCACCCCAUCCCCCUCUCUGAUGAAGGGUCUAGGCCUGAAACGUCAGCUUUUGUGCUCCUGAGAUGCUGCUUGGCCUGCUGUGUUCAUCCAGCCUCACAUUUUAUUAUCUUGGAUUCUGCAGCAUCUGCAGUUCCCAUUAUCACUGUGAUAAUUUCCAAUGGAAUUUGUUGAUUUCAGCAAGAGAUUUGAACUUCUAAUUGUUAACUGAAGGAUAAUCUUACAUUUUGAAAUAUGCUACUGUAACAGGUGACUAAAAACGCUACUAACUGAACAAUAUUUUCUUUUUAUAAGCAGUUUAUGCUUUAACUAAUGCAAGUGACAUUCCCCUUGUAUACCUAUCAUCCGUUAUGCACUCCACACAAUUAUAGCAAACAGCCCUCAGUUAUUCCUAGAUUCCCAUAUCUCUGUUUCUCCAAUGUGACUUCAGAUGACCAGCUCCAGGUAUUUUCCUAAUUUUUUUGGAGAGUUCCUUGAACCUGCCUCCAGCAGUAAAGCAUAUUCUAAUGGCCAUAAGACCAUAAGAUAUAGGAGCAAAAUUAGGCCAUUCAGCCCUUUGAGUCUGCUCCACCAUUCAAUCAUGGCUCAUAUGUUCCUGAACACCAUUCUCCGUAAUCCUUGAUCCCCUCACUAAUUUAGAAACUAUUUGUCUUAAAUGCAGUCAAUGACUUGCUCAUCAUAGCGUUGUGUGGCAAGGAGUUCCGCAGAUUCACCACCCACCUUGGUUGAAGAAAUUCUUCGUCAUCUUUGUUCCAAAGCACCAUCCCCUCACUCGGAGGCUGUGCCCUCGGAUCCUAGUCUCUCCUAGCAGUGAAACAUCUACUCCACAUCAACACUAUCUAAACCUCUCAGUAUUCUGUAAGUUUCAAUCAGAUUCCAUCUCAUCCUUCUAAGCUUUAUCAAGUACAGACCCAGAGUCUUCAAGCACUCCUCAUAUGACAAGCCCUUCAUCCCUAGGAUCAUUCUGGUAAACCUCCACUAAACUCCUCCAGAGCCAGCACAUCCAUCCUCAGAUACACAGGGUCUAAAACUACUCCCAAUAUUCCAAAUGCAGUCUGACCAGAACCAUAUACAACCUCAGCCGUACAUCUCUGCUCUUCUAUUCUUGCCUUCUUGAAAUAAAUGCUAACAUUGCUUUUGCCUUCCUAACUGCCAACUAAACCUGCAUGUUAACCUUAAGAGAAUCCUGAGCUAGAACUCCCAAUCCCACCUUACUUCAGAUUUCUGAAGUGUUUCAACUUUUCAAAAAUACUCUAUGCCUCUAUUCUUCCUACCAAGGCACAUAAUCUCACACUUGCCCACAUUGCAUUCCAUUUGCCACUACUCUACCCACUCUCUUAACCUGUCCAAGUUCUUCUGCUGCCUCUGCACUUCCUCAACACUACCUGUCCAUCCACGUAUCUUUGUAUCAUCUGCAAAAUGAGCAAAAAUGCCUGUAGUUCCUUCCUCCAGAUUUUAAAUGUAUCACAUAAACAGUUGUGGUCCCAACUGCUGACAGCUGCAGAACUCCACUAGCCACCAGCUGUCAAAGGGCUCCUAGAAAUCCAAUAGGUCACAUCCACUGGCUCUUCUUUAUCUAACUUGGUCAUUAUCUACUCAAAGAAUUCUGACGGACUGGUCAAGCAUGACUUCCCUGUGACAAUGUUGUGCUGACUCAGCCCUAUUUUACCAUACUCUGCAAUCUCAUCCUUAAUAAUGGACUCUAAACAUUACUAACGAUCGAGGUUAAGCUAACUGCCCCAGAUUUUCCUAUUGUCUGCUUCCCUGCCUUCUUAAAACAGGAUACUAUAUUAGCUAUUUUCUGGAACCCUUUCUGAUUCCAGUGAUUCCUGGGAGAUCACCACCAAUGCUUCUACAAAUUCCUGAGCUAUAUCCUUCGCAAGCCUGGGGUGUAGUCUAACCAGUCCAGGUGAUUUAUCCAUUUUCAGACCUUUCAGCUUCCCCAGCACUUUCACCUUAGUGACCACCACUAACCCCCACCUCUGCCAACUGACUCUCUUGAAGUUCUGGUGUGCUGCUGGUGUCCUCUGCAGUGAAAACCAAUGCAAAGUACCUAUUCAAUUCCUCCGCCAUUUCUUUGUUCCCCAUGACUACUUCUUCAGCCUCAUUUUCCAGCAGUCCAAUGUCCACUCUUGCCCCUCUCCAAUCUUUUACAUAUCCUAAAAACUCUUGCAGUAUCCUUUUCUAUUACUAGCUAGCUUACCUUCAUUUCAUCUUUUCCCCUCAUUUUUUUAGUUAUCCUCUGCUUUUUUUUAUAGAUUUAACAAAUCUUUGGCUGCCCACUGAUCUUCACGGCAUUGUAUUUUUUUUUUCUUUUGCUUUUAUGGCUCUUCUUAUAGCAUCUGUUGUAUUAGCUUUUGCUUCUUAAGUAAGAUGUUUGCUACCUAACUGGAAAGAAUUCAUGCAAUAUCCAAUUCUGAGCAUGAAGUAGAGCAAGUGGAAUGUGUUGCUAUGGAAGAACAUGAGGUCAUUGUUGAUCAUAAUGUAAGGAUUAAGGCUUAAAGGAUUUAGAGAAUGAGAGAAAGAUAAAAUAAUGGCGAAAAUACCCAGCUGGGAAAGAACCAAUUUCUGUAAUUUGAAAAUGCAUCAAACAUGUUUGGACUUUAAAAAAGAGUGCCAAAGUAAAUGGUAAAUAAUUAAUUGCAGGCUUUUGAGGCAGAAAUUUAAAAAUGAAAUUGAAAGGGCAAAAAGAGUAUGAGACAGAUUAGUGAGUAGCAUAAAGUGAAACUGAAAAAUUACAGGAUAGUUAAAUGAACAGUUGACCCAACUAGCUUGUUUAUGAUUUUAGUUCUAUAAGGACAUCCAUGCUGUAUGACACUAUAACUUGAUAACCUUUGAAUUUGUGUCUCUUUAUCGAAUUGUUAUAAAAUAGAAAUGUUAACAAUCUGCUUAUAAUCAGUUGUAACCUAGCAUGAAGUCAUGUAUGCAUUUUUAUUUCGUUCCUACUCUGUCAU